CAGCCACUCAAUCAGCAAUCAAACUUUGCAGGGGAAGCUUCCUUUUCAGCAGUAUUCAUAUCCAUCAAUAUCAUAAGGUAACAUUCGUCCCAAGUCUCAUGUUCAUAUAUACUCAUCCGAAUGCCUUCUAGGUUUUCUGAAAAUCAAUUCUUGGAUUACUAAUCUCAUAGAACUGGUCAUGACCUAUUUGCAUAAACUCAAUAAUGCAUCAAUUCUCAAAUGGGUUUCUUCAAAUAUUGCUCAAAACCACCUUAGGCCUUCAAGAACCCCACUUCAGCCAAUUGGGUAUUUCCUCAGUUCUUAUACCAUUGAGCUUUACAAUACCAAAACAAGUUUUAAAGCUGAAAAACCUGAAAUGUUGGAUAUUACUUCGACUUCCACUGGAAGAAAUGGAGGUGGAACUUCUAGAGUUAUUCUGAAAGAAGCCCAGGCUGCAUUGUUGGAGUAUUUGCAUUGUACUAGGGGCUUCCAGUUCAUGGAUGCAGAGAAUAUGAGUAAAAACUCACCGCAGUUUCUUAACAAGCUUUUAAGAAGUAUUGAUGGUAAAAUUGAUAAGGAUAUUGGGGGGUUGAUUUCCCGGUAUUUGAGGUAUCACCCCAUUAAUGAAUUUGAGCCUUUCUUUGAGAGCUUGGGCUUGAAACCUUCAGAGUAUAUCCCCCACCUUCCAUGUAAUUUGAUGUUCUUGGCCGAUGAUGGUUUGUUGCUUCACAAUUAUACUGUUUUGAGUAGUUAUGGGGUUGCACGCAGUAAGAUAGGGAAGAUUUUUAAAGAAGCAAGAGAAGUGUUUCGAUAUGAUUUUGAGGUUUUGCUAUCGAAACUUCAGGCUUAUGAAGAACUAGGUCUUAGCCAAUUUGCUUUAGUUAAGUUUAUUGUUUGCAGCCCAUAUAUUUUAGUUGGGGAUGUAAAUGUGCCAUUUGUUAAGUUACUAGAAAAGUUGAAAUGUUUGGGAUUCAAGACCCAUUGGAUUGAAAGGAAUUUAUCAGAAGACAAUUCUUAUAGUUGGAGCAGGAUACUUGAGGUGCUAAGGUUGUUCGAUGAAAUGGGUUGCAGCAACAAGCAGUUGGUUGAACUUCUGGGCCAGCAUCCGGAUAUUUUGUUUGAAAGUUCCGGAGAAAGGACACUUUCGUUAAUUGGGUUCUUACUGAAGUUUGGAUCCACAAGGAGCCAAAUAUGUUCAAUGUUUCUGCAGUUCCCACAAAUUCAGAUUGUGCAAUUUGUUCUGAAUUUGAGGAAAUGCGUUUUGGUCCUAAAUGAGAUUGAGAUGGAGGUUGCAGAGAUUCAGAAGAUUGUGUGUUCACACCCCCUGCUACUGGGUUUGUGUGCUCUGAAAAGCACUAACAGCUUACUUUCUUACUUAAAGAUUGGGAAGAAGCGUCUGUCUAGGUACAUACAGGAGAACCCAGAAGCAUUGAAGAAAUGGGUUCUAGGUAGAAGAGUUGAGCCACUUCCAGACUCGGAAGAGGACUCAAAGGGAAAGAGAGUUAAGUUCUUGUUAGAUGUAGGAUUUGUAGCGAACUCGAACAAAAUGGAAGUAGCACUAAAGCUAUUCCGAGGCAAGGGAGGGGAACUUCAAGACAGAUUUAAUUGUCUAGUGAAUGCUGGUUUAAAUCGCCAAGAUGUCUGUGAUAUGAUUAAAGUAUCUCCUCAGAUUCUUAACCAGCAAAGGGAUGUGUUACAAAUGAAGAUUGAUGUUCUUGUAAAUCAUCUGGGAUAUCCUGUAUCAUCGUUGGUGAACUUCCCAUCAUAUCUAUCCUAUACAACUCAAAGGGUCAAGCUUAGAGUAUUCAUGUACAAUUGGCUCAGAGGUCAAGGAACAAUAUCCCCUACGCUUGCCUUGAGCACUGUUGUGGCAAUGGCAGAGAAACAAUUUUUAUCACAAUAUGUAAAUCAUCAUCCUUGUGGUCCUCAAGUUUGGAUAGCAUCUAUUCCCAACUGGGUUUCUUCUAUUUUUCAUGAAUAUCACCUUACAUCACCAAGAACCCUGUUUCACCCAAUUGGGGUUUUCCCCAAUGUCCAAAUCCCUAGACUUUACAGCACAAAAAUGGCCCCUGAAAUUGAAAACCAUGAAAUUUUGGUUGAAACUUCGACUGCUAAGGGCAGAAAGGGUACUCAUAGUCAUCGUUACAUUCAAAAAGAAAUGCAAGCGGCAUUGUUGGAGUAUUUGCAUAGCACUAGAGGCUUACAGUUCAUUGAUGCUGAGAAUAUUAGUAAAAACUGCCCACAUUUUAUAGACAAGCUUUUCAAAAGGGUUGAUUGUGAGAGAGAGAUUCGGAAGUCCAUGGCUCGCUUCUUGCGUUACCACCCUAUUAAUGAAUUUGAACCCUUCUUCGAGAGCUUGGGUUUGGAACCUUCCGAGUAUGUUUCUCUUCUUCCCUGCAAUUUGAUGUAUUUGAUUGAUGAUGAGUUGUUGCUCCAUAACUAUACUGUUUUGUCUUAUUAUGGGAUUCCACCGAAUAAGGUUGGAAAGAUUUACAGGGAAGCAAGAGAGGUCUUUCGAUAUGAUUUUCAGGUUUUGGCAUCAAAACUUCAAGCUUAUGAAGAACUGGGUCUUAGUCGAUCUGCUUUAGUUCACUAUGUUGUUGGUAGUCCUGAACUUUUGCUUGGGGAUGUCAAUGCAGCAUUUGUUUCGGUAUUCAAAAAACUGAAGAGUAUUGGAUUUGAAAGUAAUGGGAUGGAGGGGAAUUUAAAGGAAGAUAACACUUAUUAUUGGAGCCGGAUGCUUGAAGUUUUUAGUUUGUUUAGUGAGAUGGGUUGCAGUGAUGAGCAGUCGGGCAAGCUACUUCGCCACAACCCAGAUAUUUUAUUUGAAAGUUCGGGGGAAACGACAGUCUCACUGAUUGGGUUGUUACAGAAGUUUGGAUUUACAAAGAGAGAGUUAUGUUCAAUGUUUUUACAAUUUCCACAGAUUCCGGUAGCAAAAUUUGUUGCGAAUUUAAGACAAUGCAUUUUGUUUCUGGAUGAGAUUGACAUGAAGGCUGCAGAGAUCGGGAAGAUUGUGCAUUCUCACACGCUGCUACUGGGUUUGUGCUCUUUGAAAAAAACUAAAAGCUUACUUGACACUUUGAAUGUUGGGAAGAAACGAUUGUCUCGGUACAUCCAGGAGAACCCAGAAGAAUUAAAAAACUGGGUUUGGGGUAGAAGAGUUGAAUCAUUUCCAAAUUCGGGAGAUGAAGUUAGAUCAAAGGCUCAAAGGACUAAGUUCUUAUUAGACAUAGGAUUUGUAGAAAACUCCAACAAAAUGAAAGCAGCCCUGAAGGCAUGUCGAGGCAACGGAGUGGAGCUUCAGGAAAGAUUUGAUUGUAUUGUAAAAGCUGGUUUGGAUCGGAAGGAUGUCUGUGAAAUGGUUCGAUCAAGCCCUCAAAUUCUGAACCAGACAACGGAUGUGAUUGAAAUGAAGAUCAACUGUCUUGUAAAUGAAUUGGGCUAUCCCAUAUGGUCCUUGUUGACCGCCAAAAGAUUACUUUCCUAUAAAAUGGAAAGGGUCAAGCUUAGGGUUCGCAUGUUCAAUUGGCUCAAAGAUCAUGGAAUAGCUGAUCCUGGUCUUUCGUUGAGCACUCUUAUUUCUUGCUCAGAGAGUUAUUUUAUAAAGACUUAUGUACAUCGUCAUCCUGCCGGUCCUCAAGUUUGGCAUGAUCUGAAGAAUGAAAUUGAAUCCGAUUGGUAA